UGCUCACGGACACAACGGGUUUCGUUGUGACGUAACAAACGCCGCGGAAAAACAUUCCCGGUGGAGAGUCGCGUGGUUCAGGAUGGUCUGCGCGAGUGUCACACUCGGUGUUUUGACUGGGUUCCUGGGUUGGGAUAAGCUGUGACACUGCAUCCUGUUUGACUGGAUGAUCUCCUGAUGGAACCCCCUCCCUAUGAAGAGGCCAUUCUGCACCCUCCUGCUCUGCGUUCAGAAGGACCUAUCACCUCCCCUCCCCCCACCUACUACGCCAGCCUCUCCUCCCCCUCGACGCCUCCUCCCACCUAUGGGGAAGCAGUCACGCUUCGUUCUGAUCCAAUUCCCGUCCCGCCUCCGACCGCUGUGACAACUUCCGUGACCUCACGUCCCCAAAACACCAGAAACAUAACCCAUCCACUCACGCAAGUCGGUCCGACGCAGGCUGUCAACGGCGGACGAACUCGGCCGACGGUGGUCGUGACCCAGCCAUCGGCCGUUCCCGUCACGGUGACGUACCUGAGGGACCUCCCUGGUUUGGUUCGCUGCCCGCACUGCCACCACACUGUCACCACCAAAGUCACGUACCUGCCUGGUGGUGCUGCCUGGUGUAUGUGUGUAAUGCUCGCACUGAUGGGGUUGGUGUGCGGUUUCUGUCUGAUCCCGCUCAUCGUCCGAGGACUACAAGACGCACAUCACUCCUGUCCACGGUGCGGAAAGCAUCUGCACGUGUUCACAAGAUGACGCGGUCGGGACUCAUGAGGCUCCUGUUGUUCCAAUCCAAAAACCUCUCCAACAUGAUUCACAACACGGACAGUUUGCACUGAGCUAGAAAUGUAAGCGGCUCACUGGAGCUACAAGGUGAUGAUACUGUAUGUACUGAACAUAUGGCCUGGACAGAAGACGAGUGGAUUGUGCUGCGAGAGCAGCUUCGGAGGUUCUGUGGACAUUUUUGUCCUUUUUUUUUUUUAUCACUGAAAAACAGCUGCCAUCCACACUUCAAGUGCGCCAUACAGAAAAUGAAUUUUGAUUUAGGAAUAGAAUUUUUUUUAGCACUGUCGCGACCUUUUCUCAGGACCGUGUGUGGGUGUUGACAGACAAACGUCCCCUCCGUGAGUCUUGCGAGAACACGGGAGUGAGCUUCACUGUGGCUCCGCGCAGCGUCAGCCCGAACACUCAGAACACAAGACAGAAUUACUACGUGUGAGAUAUUGUUUUCAUUUGCUACGGAAAAAAAAAUAAUUGUUUACAUGAGUAAAGUUUGCAUACGUUGUAGAGGGCUUGUGUUUUAUUUUAUUUCUCAUUUGUGAUUGUAAAUGAAUAAAAAAAAAUGAUGAAUUUCAGUUGAGAAACACAAAAAAAUCAAUUCAAGCUCAAAUUCACUCUGCUGCUCAGAUUCUCUCUGUCGGUUUACUCUUAAAUCUGCCUUUUCGCCUUUGCAUCACUUUUGAAAGAAACAAUAUUUGCAUGCACUUGUACGUUUCAACCAUCUAGUAGGUGAACUUUGCAUAUUUUGCACAUGAGCAUACGCCAAAUGAUUUUGUUUCGCGCGAGUCGGUGCUUCCAUUUUGACCUUGUUGAGGCGAACCGCGUUAGGCAAAGGGCAUUCAGAUAUAAGUGAUAUACAUGAUAUGAACGGCAGCCAAUGGCAGCGAUACAGCGCGGCUCAGAUAGGGAAGUUAAUCAGCUACAGACUGGUGGGUCGAGGCGGCAGAUAACGAAAAGCAUUCACGCUACCAACUCAAUGCACACACACACACACACACACACACACACACACACACAGAUUCACGGCUCCAUGACUUUAGAGGACAUUACAUUGACAUACAUUCAUUUCUUUGUGAAUAACUCUAACUGUAACUAUAACUUGACCAACCCUGACCUUGACCUUGACUAACCCUGACCUUAAAGCAUGAACAAUAUUGCUUGUCCCCACGAGGAAGAGACGUCCCCAAAGAGAUUAAGGUCCCCUCAACAUG